AUGGUCGCUACAGUUUUGCUAACUCUCAUAGCACUUUGCUACUUCAUUUCCUCUGUUUUCAGCACUACAGCUCAACCUCCAAUGAAACUAAUAACACCAUUGCCCACUCUCCCACCGGCCAAAGCUCCUAUCAAGAUACCAACUCUUCCACCAGCCAAAGCUCCGACCAAGGUACCAACUCUCCCACCUGCCAUAGCUCCGAUCAAGCCUCCGGUUCUCCCACCGGUUUCACCUCCUAAGUUCAACAGGACACUAGUGGCCGUGCGAGGUGUGGUCUUCUGCAAAGCCUACAAGUACGCCGGUGUAAACAUUCUCAAAGGCGCCAAACCCGUUAAAGGGACAAAUGUAGAUGUACAUAUAGACAUAAUGUCACCAGCAAAUGUUCAUAUUAGGCAUGUUCGUUUAAUAAACGUCAGCGACAACGGCAAUGGUUCAACAUAA